GCAUUAUGCUCUGUCCACCCGUUGCUAAAUGUGGUUUCUAAUUGUUUAUAAAAGUGACAGCUGAAAUAAUGGACGAAGUUAUCCUACAGUUAAUCCACUAAAUUUUACAUCACUGCCAAAACGUGUUCUUCGUCUAACAGGUGCGGUAACAUUUGAUCCAGGAAGAUAAAAUAGUUGCAUUCGAAGGAAGCAACAAGUAUGAUAGAAGGAAAUGAUUCCCCACAUUGAAAGUCCAACCUGGAAAAAGGGCAUAGGUAGCGCGUUUUUGCUGUUAGAUUCCUCAAAAUACUCAGAACUCCAGUGCAAUGUCAUUUAUCGCGUCUGAUGAAGGUUUUGGUGACAUCUUUCUCUUCUUUGAGAAUUAAGUUCAAGCAGAAAACAACAUUAGAAAAAAGUCUUAUCUGUGCAUUGCUUCUUCUCUCUUUCCUUGUUAUAGGAUUGACUACCGCCCUCAUACUUUCUCAUACCAAGAAACAAGGGAAUAAUGAAAUAGUAUGCCAAACUGCAGCUUGCCAAUCAGUUGGACAAUCAAUACGCAAUUCGCUGGACAGAAACGUUGACCCUUGCAAUGAUUUCUAUUCUUACUGUUGUGGAGGUUGGGAGAAAAACCAUCAAAUACCUCCUGACCUGAAAAAGUAUGGAGCUAUUGAAGAACUUCAAAUGCAAGUUCUUCAUCAAUUAAAAGAUCUAUUUGAAAAUAAAGAAUCUCAAGGUUUAGCUGCCAGAAAUAUGCUCAAUUUUUAUAGGUCUUGCAUAAACACGUCGUCUAUUGAAAACCUAGGAUCUACACCGUUCUUAAAAUUUGUAAGAGAAUGGGGUGGUUGGCCUGUUAUUGACACAAAUUGGUCUUCAAAGCUCUUUGAUCCCCUUACAGCAUUAGCAAACAUACAACUAAAAACUGGUAGGGGCUACAUUCUUCCUCUCAGUGUGUCUACUGAUCCCAGAAAUACUUCUAGAAAAUUAAUAGAAAUUGAUCAGGCUCCUUUAAUGAUAGCGGACAAAAUUCUUCUGAAAAGAAAUGAGGAAUCAGCUCAGAAAGAAUUGAAGAGAUUUGAAAACUUAUUUAUAAAAUUGGCCUUAAUUUUGGGUUCAACGCGGAGCAAUUUUAGUGAAGACUUCAACAGCAUAGUAGAUCUGGAAAUAAAGAUGUUACAGAUGAUGACACCUCCUGAGAAGUUGGAGUCAAAUAAUCAAUGGUAUAAUAAAAUGUCCAUUAAAGAUUUAAAAAGACGAAUUCCACAGAUCGAUUGGUUGCGUUACAUUCAAGAAUUCAGCAAUUCUAGCCUGUCUAUCCAGGGUAAAGGGAACGAAAUUACCAAAGAAGACUUAGUUAUUGUAAGAGAUUUACCAUACGCAGAAAAAAUUUCUCAUUAUAUAAGAAAUGAAAAGAACUUUAGGCAGAUUUCCACCUACUUAGGAUUGAGAGUUCUGUUGUCUUUAUUAACACAUCUGCCUGAGAAUUUCACCGUUGCUCUUCAUGAAUUUUACCGUGACAAUGGAGUUCCUUUGCAAAUCUCUGACAGAUGGAAAAUAUGUAUCAAUCGUAUAAAUUCUAUAUUCGGAAUGAUUGCCGGUUUCUUGUACGUAAAGGAAUAUUUUUCUCUUGAGGACAGAAAUGAGGUUAGAAAGUUAGUAUUGGAUUUAAGCUUUGAAUUUGAAAAGCAACUUCUCUAUAACAAUUGGAUGGAUCGAGAAACAAAAAAAGCAGCACUUGAAAAGUUACGCGCGAUGAAAGUAAAUGUUGGAUUUCCCGACUGGAUAACAGAUGAAAGCAAUUUGGAUGAUUUUUACAUAAAGACAAAUAUGCCAACAAUGGAAGACGAAGUGUUUGAAAACGAUCUCAAAAUCACUCAAUAUAGAAUAAUGCAAUUAAUCAAAUCUUUGAGAACAAUACCCAAGAAAGAAGAAUGGCCUAUGUCUCCAACCAUAAUUAAUGCUGCUUACAACAGAAACAUGAAUUCUAUAACUUUUCCUGCGGCAUUUCUCCAACUGCCUUUAUAUAACAGUUCAUUACCUAGAUAUUUCAAUUACGCUGCAAUUGGUUCUAUCAUCGGACAUGAAAUCACUCAUGGUUUUGAUAGUGAAGGAAGCAAAAGAAACGCCUCUGGCGAAUUAUUUAACUGGUGGACAGAUGAAACGAAACAAAUAUUUGAAAAGAAGGCGGACUGCUUUAUUAAGCAGUAUAAUGAUUACGGAUUAGAUGGUAAAAGAACACUAGCAGAAAAUAUUGCAGAUAAUGGAGGACUCCAUCAAUCUUAUAAGGCCUUUUCUUCCUGGCGGAAGAAACAGUUAACAGAUAUAAAACUUCCUGGCUUAGAAGAUUUUUCACUUGAUCAAUUAUUUUUCAUCACAUAUGGAUCGAUUUGGUGUACAAAAUAUGCUCCUGGCAUGCUGAACCGUACCAUAAGAGAAGCUGAGCAUGCGCCUUCUCCAUAUAGACUCCGAAUUACUACAGCGAAUCUUCAAGCAUUUUCUGAUUCAUUUAACUGUCAUUUUAACAUUUCAUCGUCUUUCGAGAAUCGUUGCUCAAUUUGGUGAAAUUUCCUGUACCAGUUUGGUAAUAAAAAAUUUCUUGA